GUUGCUUGUUGGUUGUUGUAGUAACGGGGGAAGCAGCCGUCGGCGGCGGCCGUGAGCCCGGCUGGGGAAGGAGGAGAGGGUGGUAGGCGCAGAGCGCGGUCCCCGCCCGCCGGCUCCGAGCCAUGGGAAGAUGAGACAGGAAUCAGUGCCACCUAAAUUGUUUGAUCCAGUGAAUCUGCAAGGAAAGGUCUCUGAGGCCCCCCCCGUCUGCUGACUGCAUGACAAACCCUAAAGGAAAUGCCAGUCGUGAUGGCCCGGGACCUGGAGGAGACAGCAUCAUCCUCAGAGGAUGAGGAGGUGGUAAGCCAAGAGGAUCAUCCGUGUAUCAUGUGGACCGGAGGCUGCAGGAGAAUUCCAGUUUUGGUAUUCCAUGCUGAGGCUAUUCUGACAAAGGACAACAAUAUUCGAGUCAUUGGCGAACGUUAUCAUUUGUCUUACAAGAUUGUGCGAACAGAUAGUCGCCUGGUACGCAGCAUUCUGACAGCCCAUGGAUUUCAUGAAGUUCACCCAAGCAGCACUGACUAUAACCUAAUGUGGACAGGAUCCCACCUGAAGCCCUUCUUACUUCGCACCCUUUCUGAAGCACAAAAGGUUAAUCACUUUCCCAGGUCAUAUGAACUAACCCGGAAGGACCGACUGUACAAAAACAUCAUUCGAAUGCAGCAUACGCAUGGAUUCAAGGCUUUUCACAUCCUCCCUCAGACCUUUCUUCUGCCAGCUGAGUAUGCGGAAUUCUGUAAUUCAUACUCAAAGGACCGGGGACCUUGGAUAGUAAAACCAGUGGCCUCUUCUAGGGGGCGGGGCGUCUACCUGAUCAACAAUCCGAACCAGAUUUCCCUGGAAGAGAACAUCCUGGUCUCCCGUUACAUUAACAACCCCCUGCUCAUAGAUGAUUUCAAGUUUGAUGUGCGCCUCUAUGUGCUUGUGACUUCCUACGAUCCCCUUGUCAUCUAUCUCUAUGAAGAAGGGCUGGCUAGGUUUGCAACCGUGCGAUAUGAUCAAGGAGCCAAGAACAUUCGGAACCAGUUCAUGCACCUGACAAACUACAGUGUGAAUAAGAAGAGUGGAGACUAUGUGAGUUGUGAUGAUCCAGAAGUGGAGGAUUAUGGGAACAAAUGGAGCAUGAGUGCCAUGCUUAGGUAUCUGAAACAAGAAGGUAGAGAUACAACUGCAUUGAUGGCCCAUGUGGAAGACCUGAUUAUUAAGACUAUAAUCUCUGCUGAACUAGCUAUUGCUACAGCCUGUAAAACCUUUGUUCCUCACCGCAGCAGUUGUUUUGAACUCUAUGGCUUUGAUGUGCUCAUAGAUUCUACUCUGAAGCCAUGGUUGUUGGAAGUAAAUCUCUCUCCUUCUUUGGCCUGUGAUGCACCUCUGGACCUAAAGAUUAAAGCCAGUAUGAUUUCAGACAUGUUCACUGUUGUAGGAUUUGUGUGCCAGGACCCUGCCCAGCGGGCAUCAACCCGGCCAAUUUAUCCCACCUUUGAGUCUUCCAGGCGAAACCCUUUCCAGAAACCUCAGCGUCCAGUGUCUGCACAGUUUCAGUCCUCAAACGCCAAACAGAUGACCUUUGUGAUCAUCCUUCAGAAGGCUGUGAGGAGCAUGGCGCAUUUGGCUUCCUCCUUGAAGUGCCCGAGGCAAUCAUCCUUGAUCAAGCGUUCCCGUCCCCUCUCUGCCAGUGAUGCGGAAAUGAAAAACCUUGUGGGCUCAGCCCGAGAGAAGGUUCCGGGGAAGUUAGGUGGUUCUGUGCUCGGUCUGUCAAUGGAGGAGAUCAAGGUUUUACGGAGAGUGAAGGAAGAAAAUGAUCGGAGAGGUGGAUUUAUUCGCAUAUUCCCUACAUCAGAGACAUGGGAAAUAUAUGGGUCCUACCUCGAACACAAGACUUCCAUGAACUAUAUGCUGGCAACACGUCUCUUCCCGGACAGGGGAAACCCAAGAAGAAGCUUAUUGACAGGAAGAACACGACUGGCUGCUGACGGAGCACCGGAAUUGAAGGUGGAGAGUAUGAACUCCAAGGCCAAACUGCACGCUGCCCUCUAUGAGAGGAAGCUCCUGUCUUUGGAGGUGCGGAAACGUCGACGACGGAAUGGCAGAUUGAGGGCAAUGAGGCCAAAAUACCCAGGUACCUGCUGCAACAUUAGUGAUUCUUCGCAUUUAGUGAUCACUCAACCAGCUGAAAUGAAUGUUAAAACCGAGACAGAGAGUGAAGAGGAGGAAGAAGUUGCAUUAGACGACGAAGAUGAAGAACAGGAGGCUUCCCAGGAGGAGUCUGCAGGGUCCCUCGGAGAAAGUCAAGCCAAAUACACCCCCCCACUGACUGUUACGGUAGAAAAUUCACCCAAAGAAAAUGCCGCGAAAGUUUCUGAAUGGAACAAUAAAGGUGAACAGUGCUGCAAAAUUGAGACUCAGGAGCCAGAGCCUAAAUUUAACCUGAUGCAGAUUCUGCAAGAUAACGGCAAUCUUAGCAAAGUGCAGGCCCGAAGAGCGUUCUCUGCCUAUCUCCAGCACGUUCAGAUUCGCCUGAUGAAAGACAGUGGAGGUCAAACGUUCAGUGCCAGUUGGGCUGCCAAAGAGGAUGAACAGAUGGAGCUAGUGGUUCGCUUCCUUAAACGAGCAUCAAGUAACCUCCAGCACUCGAUGAGGAUGGUAUUACCCAGUCGACGAUUGGCACUUCUGGAACGCAGAAGAAUCUUGGCCCACCAACUGGGCGACUUUAUUCUUGUGUACAACAAGGAAACAGAACAGAUGGCUGAAAAGAAAUCAAAGAAGAAACUUGAGGAAGAGGAGGAAGAUGGGGUGAAUACAGAAAACUUUCAGGAGUUCAUCAGACAAGCAAGUGAGGCUGAACUGGAGGAGGUGUUGACUUUUUAUACCCAAAAAAACAAGUCUGCAAGUGUCUUCCUGGGGACUCACUCAAAAAGUUCUAAAAACAGCAACAGUUAUUCUGAUAGCAGGGCAAAGGGUGAUCACCAUGAGACAACGGAAGAAGUGAAAAUAAAGCAACCCAAACAGCAGCAGGCAACAGAAAUUCACUCUGAUAAAUUAUCUCGAUUUACCACUUCAGCAGAACAAGAGGCUAAAUUAGUCUAUACCAAUUCUUCCUCUGCUUCUUUCUCUGGUCCUGCUGCUACUCUUCUGCAGAAAAUUCCCAAUACCCACUUGUCAUCUAUUGUUACGACCUCUGACCUCUCACCGGGGCCUGGCCAUCAUUCUUCUUUAUGUCAGAUUCCUCCAGCUAUCCCCAGCGUGUCUCACCAGCCAACAAUUGUACUGAGCACAGUCCCUGACAAUGCUUCUCCCUUCGUGCAUCCUGGGACACAGAACGUACCAAGCCCGGCUGGCCUGCCCCGCUGUCGAUCAGGCAGUUACACCAUUGGCCCCUUUUCCUCUUUCCAAAGUGCUGCACACAUCUAUAGCCAGAAACUGUCUCGUCCCUCUUCAGCAAAGGCAGCAGGGUCAUGCCAUCCAAACAAGCUGCAUUUGGGAGUGGCUAAAACACAAAAAGAGGGAGAAGAUGAUUCUCCAUCCAGCAAGCGGUACAACCCAAGUAUGGUUACGGCCGAGCUCCAGCGGCUGGCUGAGAAGCAGGCGGCCAGGCAGUAUUCCCCAUCCACCCACAUCAGUCUCCUCACCCAGCAGGUAACAAACCUGAAUUUGGCAAGUGGCGCCAUAAGCAGAAGCAGCGCUUCAACGCCCCCCACCCUUCGGCCCGUGAUCAGUCCUAAUGGCCCGACAUGGUCCAUACAGUCAGACCUUCAGGCUCCUGAGAGCCACCCCACCCCUCCUGGAAGCAGGAGCCUUCAAACAGGUGGCUUUGCCUGGGAGGGAGAGGUAGAGAACAACGCAUAUAGCAAGGCUACAGGGGUUGUCCCUCAGCACAAGUAUCACCCCACAGCGGGCAGUUACCAACUCCAUUUUGCCCUGCAGCAACUUGAACAACAAAAACUUCAGUCCCGGCAGCUUCUGGACCAGAGUCGAGCCCGGCAUCAGCUAGUGAGCAUCAUCGUAAGGCUAGAAAAGUAUGUUGAAAAAUGCCCAGCCAGCUGCCAUUCACAGACCCUACAGAGGCAGACCUGCAUGCCAUCCCAUCCUUCGGAUCCUCAGCAAACAGAGGCCAUCUUUGGCAGCCAGACACUACCUAACUCCAAUUUAUGGACAAUAAAUAAUGGUGCAGCUUGCAGAAUUUCAAGUGCCACAGCUAGUGGCCAGAAGCCAGCCGCUCUACCGCAAAAAGUGGUGCCGGCUCCAAGUUCUUCCUCCUCGCUGGUCCCCAAGCCCCCAGCCAAUCACAAACAAGUCCUCAGGAAGAUGACAUCCCAGAAGGCCUCCAAAGGGUCCACAGAAGGGCAGCUGAAUGGACUCCAGAGCAGCCUUAACUCUGCAGCCUUUGUGCCCAUCACCAGCUCCACAGGUAGCCAGCUGUUCACUGCUUUUAUCUCCAUUGACUCUGGACCUCUAAAGUGCCUUGAAUUCGUUUCUAGUCUGUGAUUUUCCUGGUGUUCCCGAUCCUCAGUUAAAGAAACACUGAUGAACUUGGUACACGAGUCUCGGGCAUUUUCCACACUUCACAAUAAACAUUUUGCCUUAGCGGUAUAAUAGUAACUAACCCUGUUAGAGUUAUUUAUACAGCUCGUAGGUAACUACCUGGCACUUGAGUGUUUCAGCUACAAAUCAUGCGUUUUUCUGUAUGACACAUAGAUUUAAAGGUGUCAUUCUAGGGGUUCAGAAGGGUGUCCUAUAAAAAGGUUAGGUAGCUAUUAGAGACAUUUUUCUUUAAACCCAGAAGAAGGGAGAGUAGCCCCUGUAAUAAGUCAGUUGUAUGGCUCUCAGAGAUAGGAAGUUUGUGCCUCUACAGGAAUCGCUACGCUGACUUUGAAAGGUAUUUAGCCCCUGUCUGGUCCAGUUAACUCAGUUGGUUAAACAUGGUAUUAUUGAGUCCACGAAUAUAGCAAAAGUCUGUUUCCUGGCCCCUUGACUCUUCUGCAAGUCUAGCCAACCAGGCCUUAAAGCUGUGUGACUUUGUUCCUUGGGCACCUGACUGAGAUACUGGUUCAUCCCAGGGCUCUGUUGAAAAACAACUCAGAAUCCUUCCCCACUGAUGGUGACCUAGUGACAGUCUUUUAAGUGUGGAUGUUAAAUGAGGUAGUGGACAUGAAAGCUGCUAGCAAAAGGUCUGGAAUGCUCCAUGAAUGUGACUUUUUCCUUGACUUCCCUACCUCAGGCUAUAUAUUCUGAGUUUGCUAUGGGAGGCAAGAUGUAGAGUCAGCAAAUUUGGAAAUUUGAGAAGGAAGCUAGAGCGAGGGCCUUUGGCUCAAAGCCAAAGCCAUUGGCCUUCAUUCUUUAUAACCAUGGCGUUCUGGAGUUUAGAAGUGGUGAUGGGGAACUAAAAUAGCGGAGAGUACCAGAUUAGAUAACUGGCAUUUCUCUCAUGCGGACUUCAUAGCGUAAACUACUGUUCUUGCAGGGUCUGAGGCCAUACCAGCUGCCCUCAUCCCUGGCUCUAGCUUCUGCCUACGCCUCUUCUGUCCUGGAGCCCGGCCUCUAUCUGCCCCCCGCCCCAGUUUGUUUGUUUUGUUUUGUUUUGUUUAAAAAGCUCUUACUGGUCUGGAGUUGGUGGAAAGAUUCUUUGAACACCAAUGCUGGAUUUCAUUUACAAGAAGUGAGCAACAGUGUCCUUGUUAAAUAUUUGCUAUUUGGGGCCUUGAUAAAACAUACAUUUUAGCUUUAUCCUCCUUGUUUGCAUGGGGCUGGGGCAGCAGCCCAUCAGUGUGCCUCUGCCCGCCCACCUCCCUGCCUCCCUGUAAUACAAGACAAAGGAACUUACUUUAAUAGAAAGUAAACCCAGCGGACCUUAAACUCUGAGGAUCUAGAAGUCACUUUAACUUUCAAGCGAAAUGAUUUGCUGGGCAAUUCUCAGCGGAAUGACCUCUUUUUAUUAUCAGAUUCUUAUUCUUUUCACCAAGCGUUAUCUAGUUGUUAUAGAUCCUGGAUGGAUCUGGAAUACAAGAAGUUAAUAGUGAAAAUGAAUAAAGCUCUUAAGAUGCUUGC